GUUGUGUUUCUUUUUGGUUUUCGGGGGACGCCUUCAAAGCACCAGCUCUAAGAAGGCAUAAUUCAUUCAUACUUUGAUAGUCCAACAUUGCGGUAGUCUAAAUGCGCUUCUACAAGAGCCCAAAUAAAUUUCGGCGUGUAACGCAGUAACAAUAACAACAACGGCAAUAAAAGAAAUAACAACAAUACCUUUACGAAAGUGCACUCACUUGGAUAUACGCUUGCAAAGCCUUCAUUGCUCGGUUCGUCGUAUGGCAUGGUCGGUCCUCGCUCGCUCGUUCGCUCAGUUGGUUCGCUCGAUUAGAUGGGCCAAAGUUUUAACGGAUGCGGACGCGCACUUCUUGUAAACGGGAGGUGGAAAAACGAAUUUGAAGAAAACAGAAAGCAAUAGAGAGACACACCACAAACACACGGACAUACAUACGAACACACACACACAAAGACACAGUGGUGGUACAAUCCGCAUAAGAAAAAAAGACGAAAUAAUAUAAAAUCUGUUGCAUCACUUGUGAAACACUUCAGUCGCAUUGAGACAGACACUACGGUGAAUACUACAAAACAAAUUUCAAAUAUCUACCUAUAUAUGCUUUAAGUGCUAAAAUAAAUUUACAAAAAAAAUUAAAUAAAUAAAAAAAGAGAUUAAGAAAAAAAUAUAUAUUUUGAAAAAAUAAAAAUAAAAUUUAAAAGAGAUUUGAAAAGAAAUUUUACGGAAAUAAAAAACAAUCACACGAAAUAAAAAAGCCCGCUUAAAUGUGAAACGGAAACGGAUGUGUCUGAUGGAACUUUUUGAAAAAUUGUGAAUACCAGGAUAAAAUUUAAAAUCUUUCAACGGAUCCAAAGAAUUGUUACCUCGAAAAAUUUAUUUGAAAAAAAGAAAACUAAAUUGAAAUAAAAUUUGUGAAUUUGGAAAAUAAUUCUAAAAAAUCAAAAAACAGAACUGUUGAAAUUUUGAAAAAAAAAAAUUAAACCACAAUAUCUCGGAUAUAUUCUGUGAACUGCUGCUCGGAGAAUAUUAAAAAUUACCAUGAAUAUUUCAAAAAAUAUUCCAGAACAUCAACAACAAAUCAUAAAAAAUAGAAAAAGUUUUAAAAAUAUUUAAAAGAAAAAUUUUUAAAUAAAAAUAUUAAAAACUGUGAAAAAUAAGGACUAGAACUCAAAACCUAUUAAUAAAAAUUAAAAAAAAAAACAAAAUAAACAUUUUUAAAUAAUUUUGAUAAGAUAUUUAAAUUAAAAAUUAAAAAAAAAAUAAAAAAAUUAAAUCAAAUAAAUAAUAAACUGCUCUUGGAAUAUUGAAAAGACAAAAGAAAGAGUGACAAAGUGAAAAUAAGGCAAGACAAGAAAAAUAGAGAAAAUUUUGAAAAUUUCUAAAAAAAAAAUUUGUGAACCUAACCUCAAAACAUUGUUUUAAUGAGAAUUACAAAAAUCUUAAAAUUCAAAAACUUUAAAGGCUGGCCCUAAAAUUGUUUAGGGGCCUUGGAAACAAAAAUCUAAAACAACAGCAACAAAAAGGAUAUAACAACAACAACACAAAGGAUAUAAAAAAACUCUUCCCCGCCAAAACAACUCUCCUGUUUUUUUUCUACCUCCCCAAGUGACAACAAAAAAUCUCUCCAAAAUUAAUUCCUUCAAAAUUUUACCUUCCUUUUCGCAAUUCAAAAUGCUCAACAUGGAAUCGCCGCAAAUGUACGAUACCGUACAGACCCUAACACAGUUGGACCUGAAGAAGCAACCGCCUCCCCAGCAGGCCAUUAUAGGGCAAAUUACCCUGACGGCCAUGUCUUCGCAGAACAACAACAAUAACAACACGCAAAACAAUUCCGGCCAACAACACCAGCAGCAGCAACAACAACAACAGGAUAUCAACAACAACAACACAAAUAUCCAACAGACUUUGGGUGGUUUGGGUUCAAAUUCCACAUCCGCAGGUUUGGUGGCCAAACAACAUGCCAUGCAACAUCAAAUGCAACAACAUGGUAUGAACAACAACAACAAUAACAACAACAAUCAAAAUUCCCCUCUCAACGGCAAUGUGAAUUUACUGCAAAAACAAAUGCUCCAACAAUGUGUCCAGUCCGAUUUGGAUGAACUGACCGCUCAAGAGAUCUCCUUGGAUUUGCAACAUUUGAUCGACGAUCAGUUUCGUGAUCAGGAAACUUUGGGAAUAUUCAGUGAUAUGGUUACCUCACCGGGUGUAUUGUCGGCCACGCUGCCGCCCAAUGGCAUGGUAACGGCAGCGGCCAAAGUUUUGCAACAGCAUCAAUUGCAACAACAAUCGUUGAGGACCCAACAACAUCCCUAUGGGCGUAAUCCUUUGGCCUAUAUGCCGCAGGCGGUACACUCCAGUGCGGCGUACAGCAAUAAUUCCAGUGAUGAAAAUUCCUCAGUGGGUUCGGAAACCUCCACCAUCAAGGAGGAGCCCAUUGAUCCGGACUAUAGACGCCAUCUGCAGGAAACAAAUGCCGCCGUUAAUAAUGCCGCCGCAGCCGCCUUCAUCACCAAUGGCGGUGGGGCUUCAAAUGGCCUCUACAAUCCAUAUCAGAAUGUCAACGGCAACGGGGGCAAUUCCAGUUCCAAUUCUUCAUCACAAAAUUCCAAUUUCAAUACUCUUACCUCGGCCAAUGUGUUGGCCCAUCAUUCUGCCGUUAACUUGCCCCAUCUCGCUGCUGGCGCCCACUUGCUCAAACAUCACAGCAAACAAAUGCAAAAUCAACGCAAAGCCUCCAUGAAACAUGUGGACAAGGGCACCGACGAGUAUCGUCGUCGGCGGGAACGCAACAACAUUGCCGUACGCAAAUCCCGUGAAAAGGCCAAGGUACGAUCGCGUGAGGUGGAGGAACGUGUCAAGACCCUGUUGAAAGAGAAGGACACGCUGCUGCGACAACUGCAAGAGAUGACCAAUGAACUGCAGCUACACAAACAGAUCUACAUGCAACUGAUCAAUCACAAUAAUCCCGAAGUGAGUCGGGUGUGUCGAAGUUUUCUCAAUACCAAUGAUCAUGGCUUGUGAAGCUGAAUGCGGCCGCAACGGCGGGCUGGCAGACAGGUAGACAAUAUAGCUUUCAGCAUCUCCUUCUCUCCUCAUAGAAUCAACCAACAAAGCAGACUGUGUAACAAAGAAAAAAACGGAAAGGAAAAGUAGUAGAAGACGAAGAAGAAGUAAUGUAAUUUAAUAUUUUUUACCAAUAUUUUUUUGUAGGGGGGGAUUAGUUUAACAAUUAAAUCUCGUGGCAAUAUUUUAAUUUAAUGAUUUUUUUAAAGAAUUUGAGGUUAGGUUCUCACAGGCAAAAGAGGGGACUAUGAGGUUUUAUAUAAUUUUAUAAAAAUGGGAAAUCAAAAAAUCUCGAAAGAGAAAUUUUUUAAAUAUCCAUUAACAAAUGAGCUUUGCCUUAAUAAAGCCCAAAUUUCCAGAAAAACCUUUCGUCAACAUUUUUCUUAAGUUUGAUGGCUUUAAAAUAAACUAUUCUAAAGAAGUUGGAACUGUUUCAUGAUGGAAAGGUUGUCUUAUCACUGAUCAAACACAGACUUCGAACAUUGACAGAAAAUGUGUCCUCUUAUUUGCCUGUGAGAACCAAACCUUUUUUUUUGCGUAGCCCAGGAAUUUUUGUUAGUGGCUUUUUUUUUCAAAAAUAGGGCGGGUUAAUAAUUUUUAAGUUUCAGGAAAACAGAAAAAUUCUCAAAAAAAUAUAUAUAACCACAAUACAACAAUACAUAGCAAAGGAACCGUAACAAUAACCGUUUAAGAAGCAGAGGCAUUCCUCCAUACCAGAUAUCCAUCCAUUUUUAUUAUUUUUUUUUUGUACCACACAGAGACACAUCAUACACAUUUUUUUACAUAUAUCUAUAUAUUUACAAGAAAAAAAUAUUAAUUAUUAUAUACAAAAUAUUAUUAUUAUUUACUUAUGUAUACAUACAUAUAUAUCUGCAAAAGCACGUACAAAAAAACCGUUAUAUUUAAGAAGUCGAAGAAGAAGACGAAGAAGUUAAACCAUGCUUCUAGAAAUUUCCAUGUUGAGCAUAAAUUUACACCACACAAAACUAUUCUCUUUACACUCAAUCCCACUCUUUCAAAGUUCUCUCACACGGAGAGCUUUUUAUUGCAUGGAGUUUAAACAAGAGUUGGUUAUUGGGAGAAAAGUGAGAAAAUGAAGCACCUAAUGUAAUUGAGAAAAGAGAGGGAAUGAAAUUUGUGAAAAAAAAAAAAAACGAGAAAUUGAACUUUUUCUCAAUGUGAUAAAAUUCUGAAAAGAAGGGAAAUCAGAGAGGCGAAAGCGAGGUAUUUCUUUGAGAAAACAUUAAAAUGUUAUUUAACUUGAUGAAAUUUAACAAAUAGGAAAAGUCAGCGAGAUGAAAACUAGUAGUUUAUUUGCAGAACUUGAAGCCUUUUCGGAAAAACCAAAAAUGGGUGUUUACAUAUCCAUCUUUUACUAUUGGGCGCCACUUAUUGUAGUUAACAUUAUGUUGCGUAGGAAUUGGGAUUUAUUUUGAUGAAUUUUAUUUAAUAAAGUCAACUUUACUGGCCUUAAUACCUCCGAUGGUUGAAACAAACUAAGGACAUGGAAUUUUUGAUCAGUCCGAUGAAAUUUCACAAGAAAAGGUCGUCAGAGAGGCAAAAGCAAGCAACUUUUUUAAAGAUCUUGAAGGACAAAAAACUCAAAUUCUUUUGGUUUUCAUAUCCAUCUCUCAAUAUUGGGCGUCACUUAAUGCAAUCAAUUUUACUGACCCAUAACUGGAAUUUAUUAUGGCGAAUACCAUUUUCCAACAUUGGGCGCCAAAUAAUAAAAGGUUAUUUUAUGGAUAGAAUUAACUAAAAGUCAUGAUACAUAAACAGCUUGGCAUUGCAGUAUGGCAUAUGAAUGCCAAAUUAUAAAGCGAAACAAUGGCAGGAUAUUUUCGGAAAUCCACACAUCUUCCAUUAUUGAGCACUACUUCAUGUAUUCAAAUUUAUUGAACUAUAUGGAAUUUAUUA